GUAUGUAUCCCCUAUAAAAUUGGCGAUUCUCGCAGUCCAGAGCGCAGUACGAGAAAAGUUUUCAAGAUGAGCUCAGCUCUUAUCCUGUGUCUGAUCCUGUAUUUGAUGGGCGUGGCUGUGGGUGCACCAGCGAGCACAUCACCUGAAAAGCCAAAACUCAAUUUAGAGAUUGAGGUUACUGCUGGGGAAAGCCCCACUGACUCAUCGACUUCUGGCUUAUCUGAGUUCGAGAAGGAAUGCGAGAUAGCAUGGCAAAAGUUCUUGGUCGACUUUGAUGUGCACUACAAAAAUGACAGCUUAAAGCCAGAAAUCACUAAAGAAUCAGCCAAGGACGAGAGCGACGAUAGCCAGGAUGCCAGGGAAAAGUUCUUGAUUAACUUUAGAUCGAAACAUAAAGAUUCAUUUGAAGCAAAGAGACGACGCGGUGUAUUUUGUGGAAACUGGAGGGCGAGUCUGGAGGGAAAUGUGCAGUAUGAUAAGACGACUGAUCGUGCCCUUGGGAAUCAACCGAGAAUCCAUCCCGCUCCCGAGAUUUCUAAGGAAGAAAUCAGCACAUCUAAGUCCAAGAUAAACCAUGAUGAUAACACAUGCCAGGCGGCUUGGGAGAAAUUUAUGAUUGACUUUAAGCGGAAAUAUGAAGAUGAUAAUGAAACCAAACAACGCCGAAAUAUAUUUUGCGACAACUGGAAUUCCAUACAAAAGCACAAUGUUCAAUACGAUUUGGGAAAUAUUUCCUUUAGGAAGGGCAUAAAUCAGUGGAGUGAUCUUACCGUAGAGGAGUGGAAGAAGAAACAACAGCCUGACUUUAAUACAGAGCUUUCUAAGCUUGAAAACACUACAAAAAUAUCUAAGGAUAUCAAUACAUGUCAGGCUGCAUGGAACAAGUUUCUGAUUGACUUUGGGCCAAAAUAUUCUGACGACACAGAAACUAAAAAACGCCGAAAUAUAUUUUGCGACAACUGGAAUUCAAUACAAAAGCACAAUGUUCAAUACGAUUUGGGAAAUAUUUCCUUUAAGAAGGGCAUAAAUCAGUGGAGUGAUCUUACCGUAGAGGAGUGGAAGAGCAAACAACAGCCUAAUUUAUCUCCAGAAUUUUCAAGAUAGGAACCGACUACAAAAAUGGAAAAUAUCACAAAAA